UGUAAUCAUUACGAAGUCAUUUUUAUUUUCAGUAGACGCUUUAUAGUAGGGUCGCGUGGGGUACUGGUACUCCAGCCCGCUGCCUAUUUGGUUCCGGAUAGUUAUUUCAUUCAGCAGCAGCUCUAUGCCGGCACACACCUCACGGACGUGGAUCUGUGUGACAACCUUAAGAUUCGGCUGUACAAGGCGCCACAGAUCGAAGAGCUGAAUCCAGCUGAGGCCAAAGAUGUAUCCACCGUUGGUGAUGCUGCAGAACAUCAAUUGUCUGCUUUUCAAGCAAGCCAAUCUUCCGAGGCAGACUCAGAUGAGUGGAUGAAGAGGAGAAAUCAUGCUUCCAUCAGUGGUGCGGGGUCCUCGCCACCGCCACCGCCUUUCGAGAGCGCAAUGGUGGAUAUAGAAGGCAUCAACCUUCGGAUAACUGUCAGCGAGAAGCAGGCCGUUGUCACGACCCGGUUGCGUAAGUUUGGAUGCGACGAAAAUGCCCUGGUCGUUCGUAAGGAUAUCACGCUACAGGUGGACUUUGACAAAAAUCUGUCGACCACAUUUCGCAAUUGGGUCGAAAUACUGACCAAGUUCAUCAACUGCUUUUGUCCCAAGUGGAGGACCGUCUACUUCCUAGAAUCUUCCUCAACGGAGUGUAAAAGAAAGGAUCGAUUUAGAUCGAUUCCUCCCCUGGGCAAGUACAACUUCUGUGCUGGCAACUACUUCAUCGAUGUGAAUGAGCUAAUGUCGGUAAACAAUCGCAUGAAAAACGAUUUUGAUUUUUAUGACAGUGAUAUGGUUAAAUUUCCACGUUUUCCACUCUAUAAGACAGGGCCGCAACCAAUUGAAUUUCCUAUGGUUUUAAAUGCCAAGAUCUUUGUAGAGCUACCUACACAGCUGGCCAACUCGGAUCGGAUUCAUCACUUCAUCAAUCCCUUUGACCGGAUCAAGUUCAGAAAGCUGCGGCAUCGUUUCAACGAGUCGGUUCUGUUCCAUCUUCAUCCGCGUCUGCGUCAAUUGGUGCAGCAAGAGAUCAGCAAGCGCAGCUGGGCGAAACAUCAUCAGGAACAGCAGCGACGCAACUUAUCAGAGCAGCAGCGCCUGACCCUCUACCUGGCUAUGCUGAAGCACAAGGUGUAUUCAAAUUACUUCCAGUUCAGGGACCAGUUCUACUACCAUAUUCGCAACAUUGACUUCUUCGAGUUCAUGGCCAUCAAGUGCAGCGAGAAUGCCAAUCCCGAACAUUACCGUGAGCACAUCGAUGAAACAGAAGAGUCCACUGCACCGCCAGCAGUACCCACAAAGAAGAAGAACAAGAAAUGCUUGUGCCCCAAGUACGUCAAGUCGCUGCAAUAGCAAAUACGAGUACCAUGCCCACCUACUACUUACGCCUACACAAGUCGAAAUAAAGCUGCGUACAACCAAAGACAACAUAACUAGUCUAUUUAUAUUGUCUUUGGUAUAGCUAUGUGUUCACUCAAA